CCGGUGCGCUUUAUUGGAACUCAUAAUCAAGUAAACCGAUUGGCGGGAGAGGGCUCGUGAGAAAACUUCCAUUGUUCUCGACCAACAUAUUGCCUAUAAAAAGACAUUAUAGAAUCGCCGUCCACACUUAAACCGCCAGUAUGACGGAUAAAGAUGGCGAGAACUAUGAUGAUGCUGUGGAGGAAAGGGUCAUCAAUGAGGAAUACAAGAUCUGGAAGAAGAACACACCGUUCCUGUAUGACCUGGUCAUGACCCAUGCCCUGGAGUGGCCGAGCCUCACAGCACAGUGGCUUCCAGACGUCACCAGACCUGAAGGUAAAGACUACUCCUUGCACAGGCUGAUUCUUGGAACUCACACUGUGACGUUACCCAGUAGUACCAGUAUGGGUCAAACGGAAGAACAAAACCACCUCCUUGUUUGCAACAUUCAGCUGCCCAAUCAUAAUACACAGUCCGACGAUUAUGAGGCUGAUCGCGGAGAAUUUGGAGGAUUUGGGUCAGUGAGUGGCAAGAUUGAGAUAGAAAUCAAGAUAAAUCACGAGGGGGAGGUGAACCGAGCUCGUUUCAUGCCACAGAACCCCUGCAUCAUUGCAACCAAAACCCCCUCCAGUGAUGUACUGGUCUUCGACUACACAAAGCAUCCAUCUAAACCAGAUCCCAGUGGUGAAUGCCAGCCAGAGUUGAGACUGAAGGGCCACCAGAAGGAAGGCUAUGGGCUGUCAUGGAACCCCAACAUGAACGGGCACCUUCUCAGCGCCUCUGAUGACCACACGAUCUGUUUGUGGGAUAUCAACACGAACCCAAAAGAGAACCGUGUAAUUGAUGCGUUCACUAUCUUCACUGGUCACACGUCGGUGGUGGAGGACGUAGCCUGGCAUUUGCUGCAUGAGAGCCUGUUUGGAUCAGUGGCCGAUGACCAGAAACUGAUGAUCUGGGACACGCGCUCUAACAACACCAGCAAGCCCAGCCACACGGUGGAUGCCCACACAGCGGAGGUGAACUGCCUCUCCUUCAACCCCUACAGUGAGUUCAUACUGGCCACAGGGUCUGCAGACAAGACUGUUGCAUUGUGGGACUUGAGGAACCUGAAGCUGAAGUUGCACUCAUUUGAAUCUCACAAAGACGAAAUCUUCCAGGUCCAGUGGUCGCCACAUAACUCAUUAUCGUUUGGUUUGAUUACCUGCCAGGUCCAGUGGUCGCCCCAUAACGAGACUAUACUGGCAUCCAGUGGCACGGACAGACGUCUCCACGUGUGGGACCUGAGCAAGAUAGGGGAGGAACAGUCAGCAGAGGACGCCGAGGAUGGGCCACCUGAACUGCUGUUCAUCCACGGAGGUCACACAGCCAAGAUCUCUGACUUCACAUGGAACCCCAAUGAGCCCUGGGUGAUCUGCUCUGUAUCUGAGGACAACAUCAUGCAAGUCUGGCAAAUGGCUGAGAACAUCUACAAUGAUGAGGAACCAGAUGCCCCCGCUGGUGAUCUUGAACAGGCGGCUGCAUAGAGACUGAACACUGACACAGAAAUGAUGAGUGGUAGCUAUAGGGAGUAAACACUCGGCACAGUGGAAGCCGUGAAAGAGACUUCACAUGCAUUAACAUCAACUAGUGCGGCCGUUUCCCCCAGAAUAUUGAACAGUUAUAAGUUUUCAAAAGAUUUUUUUUUAGAAAAUCGUAUAAUUUUUUUCGUUUCAAGUCUCAGACAUAUUUAUGUUACGCAAAACUGUUGUUGAAACAUAAUUGGCCUUGUCUGGUGUUGUGUAUCAAAUAGUUCUACUGAAAAUACUUUCUCAAGAAAGAAUGUAAUGUUUUACUAUUGCCAUAGCCUUGAAACACUAUUAAUGAGACUAUGUUUUUGGCCUUUAAAUCGCUUAGGAUUAUCAGAUACUGUAGAUAAUAAAUGUUUCCAAGUCUGCAAUUUUGUACAUAUUCAUUUUCUUAUGUUUUAUGUUAUUAUUAACAAUGUAAUUGGUAUGUAUUGUUUGUCGGCUGGUGAUUUACACAUUCUAAGAACUCAGUGCUAGGCAAGUCUUAUGCUUUGAGAAAGCAUUUUGAUUUGAAAAAAUCAUGUUCAUCGUUGUAAAAUGUGUGGUCUACACAAAUACAUGUACUUCAAUAUUUAUUUGAGCUCUUUUGCCUGUGUAUCAAAGUGGCUGAAUGUUUGAUUAUGUUCACAGUGUCUAGUAAAGAUAGUCAUACACUCUAGUUUAACCUAACUGGUUUCUGACACAGGAUAAAUGUGUGAUGUACAUUGUUUUGUAAAUGUUGUAAAAAAAAACAUCAUGAUUAAAAACUGUCAAUUA